UGCAUCCGGGACCGAUCGGACGGCCACCGAUCGACGGCCGGUGAUCCAACGGUGACGAAUGAGAAGGUGAAGCUUCGGUCGUCCUCUCCACUCCCCGCGCCGGCGGCGGUUAGCAGUUAAAAUCGUCGCCUCCGCCAUAAUAACGAGUUAGAGGGAAGGAACUGCUCCACCACCACCUCCUCCUCUUCUCUCAACUCCGCCUCGCCGCGGAUCUCCUUCUCGGGACAUGGUGAGCGCCUCCGGCCUGCUGCUCCCGUCCUCCGUGCGGGGCUUCGCCUCCUGCAUCGGCGACGGCGCCGUCCGCGUCGGGGCCUGCACCGCGCCGUCCGCCACCCGCACCUCCACCUCCUCCUCCUCCUCCUCCUCCGCCGCGGGGCCCUCCACGCUCUCCGUCACCGCCUCCUACCGCGUCGCGCUCGUGUCACCCACGCAGCUCCGCCUCACCUGGGCGCACUCCCCGCUCGGCCCUACGCUGUCCUUCUCCCUCUCCGUGUCCGACCGCCCCGUGCUCGUCCGCCGCCGGAGAGGGUCCUGCGCAGUCCCCUCGGGGUCUGGGGACGAUGACGUCGAGUCGGAGUCGUCGGCGGUGCCGCCGCCUCCGCCGCUCGCGCUGUUCUGGGACCUCACCGCCGCGCGGUUCGACGCGGCGGCGUCGCCGGAGCCGCUGUCCGGGUACUACGUGGUGGCCGUCGCCGCCAGCGAGGAGGUGGUGCUCGCCGUGGGCGACCUGGCGGAGGAGUUCGUCAGGGCCAAGUUCGACGGCAGCCAGAUCCCCAGGGCCCGCGCCACGCCGUUCGCGCGCGGGGAGCGCGUCGUGGUGUCGUCCGACGCGGCGGCGAUAACGCACACCGCGCGCGCGCGCUUCGCCGAGGGCGGGCCGGAGCACGAGGUGAGCGUCGGGUGCGCGCCGGGCGGCGGCGGCGGGGACGAGCUGUGGGUCAGCAUCGACGGCAAGCGCGCCGUGCAGGCGCGCCGGCUGCGGUGGAACUUCAGGGGCAACCAGACGGUGUUCGUCGACGGCGCGCCCGUCGACGUCAUGUGGGACCUCCAUGGCUGGUGGUUCCGGGAGCCGCCGGGCUGCGCGGUGGUGAUGCUCCGGGCGCGGAGCGCGCUCGAGAGCCGCCUCUGGCUGGAGGAGGAGGCCGCCGCGCCGGGCUUCUCCCUCGUCGUCCAGGCCUUCAAAACACCACCUUGACGACGACGACGAUCUUCUUCAACCUCAGGAGGUCCCAUUUGCUCACUGCAGUGACUGCACUGGGCACUGCCUUCUUCUCCAUUGGAGACUCGAUGAUGGAGUUUACCAAACCAUCAAAUCAAUAUCUGCUUCUUGAUUACAACUUGGACUUAGAUUAGAAUAAUUUCUUUUAUGUGAUAUAAGAUAAUCAUCAUGUGUGGGAAGAACAAGAUCAUGAACAGGUCAUAUACUGAGAGAUUGGUGUGGAUGUUUAGUGUAGGAUCAUCAUCAUCUUCUUCUUACUUUACUGAAUAAUUGUUAGGUUAGUCUGUUUGUGUGCGUGUGUCCCUAUACAGUUAACAGGGAACAAAAGAAGCCAAUUCAGAGUGUGCUUUGAUUCUGCUCUGCUCUAUGUAUCAGGUGUUGGAGAUAAUAGAGUGCUACUUUCUGAUGCUUCAUGAUGGAAA